AUGCGCCAUUGCCAAACUCUCUUGUCGCUUACAAGCAUCCUCACCUCGCUUUCGGCGGUGGUUAUUGCUCAGACUCCUCAGCCACCACCAACAUUCGAGGCCUUAUUUGCAGGACAACUGAUCAACGGCGAUCUCAAAGACACCGUGAAUACGACGGGGCCAUUCGGCACCCGCAUACACUCACCCAUUACGGGGGGGAACCUCACGGAUGCCAAUACAGGCGAUGUUGUCGCGACGCUUCUCCCUACUGCAGACAACGGGAUUGUCACCAGUUCGGGGCUAUUCUUCUCUUCGUCUGUCCUUCCAUAUGUUUGGAAGGUAGAUGGAACGCUGGCCUCGAUUACUGUCCACGGCAUAGGAAACUCAAGUACAGGGUCCUUCGCCUAUGCGCAUGUGGAAACGGACUCAUCGACGUACUCUUGGAUGAACAGCAACUUCUUUAUCAUCAGACUUGUGACAACUGCGAACCCGCUCGUGCCUGAGUUUACUUUGUAUGGUGUGAGCAAUACCACCCAAUAG